AUGGCGCCUACCAGCAGCACAGAGCAUGCACACGUAAAGCACACCACGUUGCACCAGUUCCUGAAGCAGCAACAGCUGCUGCAGCACCGGCUGAAGCCCGCCGUGAUGUGGGGCUGGCCAGCGACGGCGGGAGCUAUCAGUCGCCACGUGCCCGAGUACGUCGCGGAGGACGACGACGCGCUCGGCGGGGCGUGGCCGCCGCGCUCGUAUACGUGCGCGUUCUGCCGCCGCGAGUUCAAGUCCGCGCAGGCACUGGGUGGGCACAUGAACGUGCACCGCCGGGACCGCGCCAGGAUGCGCGGCGGCCACCAUGGCGGCAGCGCCGCGGCGCAGCUGCAGCUCGGAGGCGCCGCGACGUCGCUGGCCACGGACGAGACGCCCCACGCCACCACGGCCGCGGCGAAGUACGCGGUGCUGUACCCGAUACUGAACUCCAAUGCCGCCGGCGCGGUCCUCAUUCCCAGCGGCGACGUGCUGCUCUCCGGGCCGGUGGCGCUGGCGCCCGCGCACGACCGUUGCCACGUGAGUGAUGAUGAUGACGAGGAGGAGGAAGACAAUGACGUCGACCUGGAGCUGCGCCUCUGGUGGCCGUGA